UGUAUAUGUGUAUGUGUAUAUGUAUGUAUAUAUAUAUGUAUAUGUAUAUAUAUAUAACCCUAACCCUCUCCACAGGAGAUUCAAAACAUUACCAUUUCAUUUGGUCACAAAACACAAGGAACUUUCAAUGGAUCUUUUUUUAAAGAGUUCCUUUGAAUGUUGGUUUGUUUUUAACGUGUGACUUUUCCCACUUUGUACUUCUUACAACAUCAUGAAGACAUUUUGAAAAGGGUUUCAUUUGAAACACACAAAGCACUAAAGCUGUCUUUCAUUUCUCUUUUUCAACAGAUGCUCAGAAACCGAAGUAAAGGUCAAAGAAGGAAGCCCAAGCAGUGAUGUUAUGUGUGGAGAUGCUUCAAGACAACGUUACGGCUUGAUAGCUGCAAUAAUAUUAUUUGCAGUUGUUCUUGGGAUCACAGGCGGACUAUUAUUGAAAAAAAACAUCAGAGCCCUCUGACUGAAGGGCUCCGUCUGGCUCUCCAGGAUCCAACCAGCUUUGGGUGAAACAAGGACGUCACAGCGUCAGGGGCUCAGUGGACAGCAGGGUCGUCCUUCACUCAGAGGAUCGGCGGUUUGAUCCCGGCUCUACUAGUCCAUCUUCCUGAGGAGAACUGGACUGAUGAGGAAAUGUGACACACUGUAGGAGUUAACUCACUCCACAAGGUGUCAGUAGUGAUUCAUUAAGGACGCAGAGCUACCGUUAAAACCCCAAAGAAGAAGUGGAUGCAAACAUGUCAUUUCCGGGAUGCGAUACCAUCGUUUUCUCUCAACACUGACGCUGCGAUAUAAAGCUACGUUUGUUACAUAUUUAAUUGAGACGUUUCUCGGCUUAGAAGAGCGUUAUGUGUAUAAGGUGAUAACGUAAGUCGACCGCGCGCCUCCUACGCCAUUAAAAUGAAGAAGAAGAGCUCCGAGAAAAGACGCCAUGUGGUGGCAUGGGCCAACAAAGCUGAGUGGGAUCAGGUCCUGGAGUAUCUCUACUCGAAGGACUCCGCCUUACAGAGGUUUGCCCUGAAAAGGAUAUCAGCGUGGAGAGGCAGGUACGCCAACAGCACUCCCGUGGCGGUGGACUGCACAGCGGACCUGGUGAGGUGCCAGGUGCUGGACAGGUCGGGACAACUGGACGGAGAGGAUCUGGUCUUGCUUUACGGAGCGGGCCUGGUCAGGUUUGUCAAUUUGAUCACCGAGCGACAGCAGGGGAGAACAGCCCGUCCUCUGAGGCGGCUGGCUGGGAACCUGAACAUCCCAGAGUGGGUCGUAGACCUGAGGCAUGACAUGACGCACAGGAAGCUUCCAACCUUAAAAUGGUGUCGAAAGGGAUGUAAGGUGGUUCUGGAGUGGCUCCAGCAGGAAUACUGGUCCAGGCAGUUGGGAGGAGGACCUAAUGAGGACUGGGAGUCGGAGUCGGAUGGAGAGGAUGAAGAGGUAGACCUGAAACGCCAAGGGGACGAGCUCAUCGCAAGGCAGAAAGAGAUGGAAUCCUACAAGAAUGCCCGGGAGCUUCUGAUCUCGUUUGAAAAGGAGCAGUACCAGGCUUUUGAUAGACUCCCUGAGGACAAAGGGAAGAACUUGUGGCCAGCCCCGUUUGCAGAUAUGAGCUGGUUACUAGGUGAGAUCAAGCAGUUUGCUUUGCAGUCAGGUCAUCUGCUGAUUGAUGUGUUGCUGGAAGACGGAUUUCUAGUUCCGACUGCGGAACAACUGGAAACGUUGGGCUGCGGCGCCUCUGACAGCGCCAGUGCCCCUGAACCCAGACUCGCUCAAGCCUUCCUGCGUUUUUGGCUGCCACUCCUGAAGAUGCUCAACUCUCCGCCCUUUAUUCACCUCCUCCUGGAGAAGCUGUUUGUUGAGCUGAAACUGCUCGCCAAAGAGCAGAAUACUCACAGGGCUUUCUACGUCUCUGCAUGGAUUUCAGAAAUCAUCGUCUGCAACAGCAACAAAUUUGAAUACCACUUUGAAACAAAGGGGCAGAAGAAGGCUAGAAUGAAGGACAGGGUCUUUGUAAACCGCAUCCAGCUGAGGUGGCAGCAGCUGCUCUCAGCAUGCCUGGAUGCUCCCUGUGUCAGCACGCCUCACUUGCUCCAGUUGAUCCUGGACGACAUGGAGCAUCCCCUCCCUCUGGAAACCCGACAGAGGCUGCUCCAGCUCUGCUCCAUCUACACACAGGGUGUACACUCGGAGUCCGACACGGCUCCACGGCGGAAACAACAGCCCAUAUACACACUGGAGAGCUUGCACGAGAAGCUGCAGCAUUCGCGGCACCUCAGCCAUCCUUGGCGUUCGGCGGCCGAGGCGGAGAGGAGCGAGUCCUCCCAGGAGUACAAAUGGGCGGAUGUUCAGGCUGAAAAGGCCAGAUUGCUCAGAGGCUCUCCGUGGCAGCUGUGCCACGAUAAGGUGUUGUGGAAGAACUAUCCUUUCGGUAAAGUCCCCGGACAGUCUGAUGACCCUUCGCGCCUCAUGGUGGAAAACUACUCAACGAUGACCGUCUUUGACCAGCCGGUGGAGUUGGAGAGCAACACAGCGCACAACGUCCCAGGAGUCUUGGCACAAGUGAGAAGAGCUGACGGCCUUCUUUGGAACCACAGUGACGUCAAUAUGCUGAAAUCUGGACUGCAACUUUUUUGAGUUGUUAUAAAGCUUUGAAAUAAAUGUUCCAGAUUGUUUUGACACAUAGAUAAAAGAAACAUGCUCAAAAUAGGUCAACUUCAGUACUAAGCAGAGUUUGGUGAGGGAUGAAAUAUGUAAAGCAGUUGAUUCAUUGAUUUGUCGAACGACAUAAAUGUCAUUUAUCGGCGUCUUUCACCAGUCGCUGGUUCCAGCUUCUUAAGUGAUAAAUUGCUACUUUUCUGAUUUUAUGUCAUUAUGGAUAAAAAUGAAUGAUUUUUUUUUUUUUUAAUCAAUUAAUGAAAUGUCAGAAGUGAAAAACAGUCCAUAUAGUUUUCCAGAGACCUCUUCAACUAACUUCCAGCCCAAAACUUUUUUUCCGCUCAAGUUUCUGACAUUUUAUAGACUAAAAAGAUUCAUAUAUUAAUUAAAAACCAAUCAGCAGAAUAGUUAAUAUGGAAAACAAGAGGUGGUUGAAGCCCUAAUCUAAAAGCAUUCGUAAAAGCCUUCAUGUUGUCGACAAUAUUUUAUAUAUUAGGUGGUUAAGAAAAAAGCAGACAUUUGACACAUCAUACAUUAUAAAUAGAAUAAUGUCAGAUUGAUAUGGUUCAUUCAUAUGAUGGUGUACAGUGAGGUUUUGUUUUUCUUCCACCUGUGAUACAAGUGAACUUGAGCAGAGUUGAUGCAGUUGUCGGCCCUACAAAGGGUUUUGGAGUAGACGCCUUUCAGUUGAAAACCCUGGCAGAGGGAAUAAGCACAAGGUGGUUUUGUGUAAUACAUUUUCUUUUGUGCACUAAUGGUCAAUAAAACAGUUUCCUAUCAAA